UCCGUGUCUAUUUCCAGUUUUCCACUCCCCGAUCCGAAGUCCGGACGCCGUCCCAGUGUCCCCACCCACCGCGGUCUCCACGCAGCCACGGGCAUGUGGGCCCUCAACCUGAAGGCCGGUGGGCCUUGCCUCACGCCGAGGCAUCGCCAGCGGGCGGCGCGGUUCCCGCUUGCCGCCGGGAUCGGCUCGCUGGCUGUGGGGCCGACGAGGUGGAGGCGGCAGCCGGUGCGGUGGCCGAGUUUGGCGGUGAGCGCGUCGGGGUGGAAGGGCAACAACGGUCGAGAGGACGGCGACGAGCCCAGGAACAAGGCCUCCUCUUCUGGAAAAGGUGAUGCACCUACUCCCAGUGGAGAUGCUUCCAAUGGAACAACCCAAAAUCAGGGCGAACCAAAAUCAAGUGACACGAUGUAUAUACCUAGCAACUUGUCAUAUUGGCGAGAUGUGAGAGCAAGCUUUGUGAUUCCAAAGUUGGAGCAAACAGUAGAUGCAAAUAGUCCACAACAGACAGCUCAGGAUGGAUCAGUAUAUCAUCUUCCCCGAAAGUGGGCUCAUUCUAUUCCUAUGCCAGAGUCUGGAUGUGUGUUGGUCGCCACUGAAGAGCUUGAUGGCAAUGGAACCUUUGAGAGGACUGUCAUCCUUCUCCUAAGACUAGGUUCAAGAGAUGCCUAUGAUGGCCCGUUCGGUGUCAUCCUGAACCGUCCACUGUACACUAAGAUGAAGCAUGUGAACCCAUCCUUCGGCGAGCAAGCGACACCUUUUGGUGAUUGUUCCCUCUUGUUUGGAGGCCCUGUCGAUAUGAGCAUAUUCCUGAUGAGGAUGACCGAGGGAAGACCGAUCAAGGGGUUUGAAGAGGUGGUACCUGGCAUCUGCUUUGGCUUCAGGACUGACCUGGAGAAGGCCAGUGCUCUGAUGAAGAAUGGCACGGUUAAUCCUGAAGACCUGAAGUUCUAUGUUGGGUACUCUGCUUGGGAACAUGACCAGCUGCUGAGUGAGAUUGAUGCAGGAUAUUGGGUGGUGACUUCCUGCAGCUCAGGCUUGAUAACCGACGCGCUGACAAUGGACCCCUCCUGCUUGUGGACCGAGAUUUUGCAGCUGAUGGGAGGCCAAUACUCAGAGCUGAGCCAAAAGCCGAAGCAAGAUGGCAUGUGAACUUUGCUUGCUUGCAUCCUAGCCAUUUGCCACGGUCCCUGUGGCCAAUCUGUACAUAAUUUGAGUAAUCGUCGGCUGAUCUUAGCCAGUGUGAUUGCUCUGCUCGAUGUAAUUGCAUAUGUGGACUGCUUUGUCUUGUUUUUAACCUUGUGAAAGAACGAUGCGGUACUUGAGCACGGCAACGCCUGCCUGCCUACUUGCUGUGCCCAAAGCUGAAACUUUUUAUCUGGUGCGUAUGCUGGCAUCUGAUGGGACUUUUGAUACUAUGUA